AUGAUCAUUUAUUCGAAAAUGAAUAUAGUUAGCAGUGUAGAAAAUAAUAACAAAGAUGAUAAAAUUGAAACGAUUCUUAAUAUGCUAAGGAAUCAAGCAGAUCAGUGUAGUACUGUGGAAGAGGAUAAGCCAUUGGAACCCGAGUUAACGAUGGAUCAAAGGAUCCAACAAUUGGUGAUGGAAGAAAAGCAAUUGUCGACAAAGUUCCAAAAAGUCAGAAAGGAACUAAGACAUUAUGAGAAGAAAUAUGAAAGGACGUUGAGGAAGAAAGUGAAACGCAUGAAGGUACAGAUUAAAGAGGACUGCAGGAAAUUAAAAGAAAUAAAACAAAAAUAUCUUGAACUACUCUCUCAGCUAGAUACAGAAUCUUCUAAAUUGGAAAUACAGGAAGAGGAGAAAUCAGAAGAAGCAAGCAACUCUUUAAACGUAGAUAUGCUGUCAUCUCAAUUGAAUCGAAAUGAUAUAUCGCUUAGUAGGAAGAUUAAAAUUAGCAUUAAGAACAAUGAAAACUCAUGCAGCAGUGAGAUACAUUUCGUUCACGGUAUUAAUGGGCAAAAUGCGUUUACAAAUCUAGUUAAACUUGUAAAACCUAUGACCCUGAACACUCGAGAAUGUAGAAUUAUCUUGCAAAAGUUAACAGAAGAGCAAAUUAACAGAUAUAUUGAUCAGAAGAGGUUAAGUCAACCACAAAUAGAAUAUAAAGAAAUAACGCAAGAUUGUUUACAAGAAAUCAAUAAAAGUAUCGUUUGCCCAAAUUGGCACAUAAAAAUUCCAAAAUCCGUAUUUGAAGAAAGUCAGAAGGAAAGUAGAAAAUCCGUAUCUGAAGAACGUCAGAAGGAAAGUAGAAAAUCCAUAUCUGAAGAACGUCAGAAGGGAAGUAGAAAAUCCGUAUCUGAAGAACGUCAGAAGGAAAGUAGAAAAUCCGUAUCUGAAGAACGUCAGAAGGAAAGUAGAAAAUCCGUAUCUGAAGAAACUUCUUGUUCAGGAGAAGUCAUUUAAUUAGAUUGAUACAACUGACUAUUAGUAGUAGUACUUAUGUUAUAUGUUAACCAGAAAAUUUUGUAUAUGUCAAUAUCUUUCUGAAUUUUUGUUACUACACAACAAUACAGAUUAGUUGCAGAAAUAGUUUUAAUAAGAAAAUAUAUUCAAAAGAUAUAAUUGUGUAACAAAACUUCAAGCAAGUGUUGCCUCAUUGAUAUUGCAUUAAUGAUGACACCUAUGCAGUGUUUCGCUCAAGGUACAUUCAGUGUAAUUGAGCAUUAGAAGAAAAAAAGGAAUCAGAUUUUGAUGCCAUUUAUUUUCAUUUCAUAUAUUGCUUUUGGGAUAAACUAAACGAAAGACAUGAUUAAAAUAUGGUUACGAUAAUAAUUCAGAGAUCUGAAACAAUAUAAUAUUAAAAAAUAAAUUUCAUAAAUAUCAUAUCACUCAUAAAAUAAUCAAUGUUGUAUAUGCAGCUUUAUCUAAAAAUUUGUUUGAAAUAAUUUAUUUUUUUAUUUUAUUUCAUUAAUUUCAGCACUAUUAGUACAAAGAUAUGAUAUUAAGUUCUUCUUUUAUAUUUAUUAAAAGAAACCUUAAGUAUCUUUUUUUCCAUUUACAUUUCAUUGGUAACAAUAAUUUCAUCUUUUAUAUAAAAUUUUAAUUUUGUUAGAAAAUAUAUUUCUAAAUUUCAUCUAUCUCAUAUUCAUAAAAUCUUCUCAUCCAUUCAUUUUAUUGGCUUCCAAAUUGUAAAAGAAUUAUAGAUUUAAUUGUUACAAGGUAAUAUUUUUAGCAGAAAGCAACCUUAAAAAUAUUACAUCAUUUGAAAUGUAAUAUAACAUUUUGAAUAAAACAUGACUAUAUAUAUUUGUUUGUACCGUCACAGUAAAUUAUGUACCAUUUUAUUGUCAACAUAUAAUUUUAACAAAUAGAGUUCAAUCUUUUGGUGUCUUGUCUUUUUAAUAUGUAUAAAUGUGAAAUUAAAAAUGUUAAUAAUUAAAUAUUCAAAAUAAAAGCACUUACUACACAUGUAAUUAUCGCAAUGUGAAGAAUUUGAUAUCAGUAUUAAAAUAUAAAUGGAAUAAAAAGGAUGUUUUCCUUUAAUAAUAACAAUAAUAAUAAUUAUUAAAGUGCUUCUUCUAUAAAUAGUUAUAUUAUAUGAAUAGUUUUUAUGGUAGAAAAUGUCAAUUAAUAUAUAAAUGACGAUAUUUUGGUCUAACAGGUUUAUUGUGUAGAAUGUAUGCUGCUAUAAAAGGUAUAUAUACAUAUUCAUAUACAUAUACAUAUAAAAUAUACUUUGUAUUACCAUAAAAUAGUUGUAAAAGUAGAAAAAUAUUUCUGAAUUAUUAUAAAAAAGUAUUUUAUAUUUUUAUUGUAAGAUAAUAAUAUCUUAAUUUGUGAAAAAUACAUGUAACAAUAAUUUCUAAUAAUAUCAUACUCAUGUAAUUCUUAAA